UCGUUUUUUAUUAACCUGAACCUAGCUGCAACUACUAACUACUAACUACUUUGAAGGGUGAACAGACCAUUCUAUUGCGGUUGUAGGUCUAGGGACUAACGCUAGGUUAGUUAGCUAGCUAGCUAAUAACCAUAGACUGUAUAUUAUUAAUAAUAUACAGUCUAUGCUCAUAACAGCGGAAUCUGACCGGCCUGGACUGUGUGGUGCCAACCUUAGUUUUACAGACUAUGCCAUGGUACCAAAUCAACACCUGGAUUAGCACCGAGAUUGUACAACUGUCCUGUCUUUAACUGUCUAUGGAACAAACCAGCUACAUGGAAACUGCACUAAGUGAAAAAGCUCAGGAUACAUAGGGCAAAUGCUGCUGGUGCUGGUGUCCCUGCUCUGCUGUGUCCCUGCAGCCAAGGCCUGUCUGCAGUGUGACCGCAGGAUCAGGCUCCUACUCGAGGACUUUGUCCUGUCUGCUCCCACUGUGAACAACCAGAUUGAAAUGAAAAAGAUUUGUGAUCAUGCAUACGUGACCUACAGAGAGACCAGCCAGGAGCGAAAGGGAGUCAUUGAUCCCACCACUCUGUACAGAGCCAGCACUGAGUACCAGAGUGAAUUUGACCGCUUCUUGAAAACCAAGCACACUGGAUCUGUAACAUUUGAAGCCAUUCAGAUCCUGGAGAAGGGCAGGAAAAUCCUAGAAAAACACUUGGACACAUUUAUUCGUGAUGGAUUGUGCCCCAACAAGUGUGGUCUUUUGAAACAAAGAGUAAUAGAUUGUAUCUCCUGUCGCUACAAGAUAUACAUCUGUCCCUCUCCCUCUGGCCAGCUGGACUGCGGUGAGUACCCAGUGCUGGCUGAGGAGGGAGGCCAGGCAGUGUUGAACUGUUUCCUUCCAUGGCAUCGUCUUCUGUUGGAAAGACCAGAGUACCACUACUCCUGGGCCCCUGGCGUGCCAGGAACUGAAACGCUGAUCGAGAGUGACUUCAAAGCCUUGGUAGUGACAGAUGACUCAUCUGUUGUCUUAAAUCAGCUGCAUAUGGAUGAACAAGGAACGUAUCGCUGCUCUCUGCAGGAUCAAAGUGGAACCGUCUUCUACCAAGUCACUUUCCUACUCGCUGUCUCCCAUUUACCUGACCAAACACACCGACCCAUGAUCACUCUGCCCUCACUCCCCCACGGAGACAACUACUCACCUUUUCAACCUACUGCGGGCCUGCUGGUGCCAGUCAUCGUCAUGGUUACUGCUUUGAGUCUGGCAGCGAGCGUAGGCCUCCUAGUUGUCCUGGGAAUGAUGAUGAGUCAGAGGAGAGCCGCUGAGAAGCCGAGCAGAAGGAGGAGGGAGGGAAAAAACACACAUAACACAGUGUGAUGAAAAUACUGUAUACAGUACAUACAGUAAAUGCCAGGGAGGUUUUACUCACUUCAUAUUGGAUAUUUCUGUCAGUGGCUGAAUAAAUUCCCCAACACAAAGUGCUAAGUCAUGUCUAGAAAUAACACAGAAGUGAGAAAAGCACAAAGGGUGUCUAAAUGUUUUUGAUAAAUAUAUUGUUUGUCCUAAACGAUGAACUAGGAUUGUCAAUGUGAAUCAAACACUACGAUCUCACUCAGAAAAAAGAAUGUUUGUGGUGUAAGAAAACUAGAGCGUGCAACACACACACUUAUAUACACACACACACACACACACACACACACUAAAAAUCCCCCAGAAACCGUCAACUUUCCAUAACAUUAAGCACCAGCUUGUCAGAACACAUGAAUGAUCUCACCCCAGCAGGGUCACGUUCCCCCUGAAUGGAGUGAUGGUGGGAGUUUAUGAGAGGAAUAAUGGAUGAGGUAAAUCUCCCGGAUUACAGUGUUUUUUUUUCAGAGAUUAAAAGCCCCAGUCAUCCAAUUAAUCCUGGAUAAUCCCCCUGUGGGAGGAGGGGGGGAGACGUGGUGGGGUUAAAGAUAGCAGCAGAUGUUUUCAUCAGGGUUUCAUUAAAUGUUUAUGUAUCUAAAUAUUCAUUCAGAAAGACUUUUGCAUUACUUAUAAUGUCACCGUUUUCUUGCAACACGAUCACCAGACUUUAAUUCUGUUUCCGUCUGCCUACAGUAUGCUCUCUGUAGAUUUUGAUGACACAAGUUGAUUCAAAAGAUAGUCACCUCUUUCUGUCACAUGUCAUAUUUCUGCUCACGCUUGCCUUUUUUCAUCUUUCAUAAAUUGUGCUAUUGUCAGCACCUAGCUUGCUUUCAAUGUAAAAGUCAAACUUCCUGCGAUAGGACAGUAGAAAGUCGUCAUCAUCAACCACAGCUAAUUCACACCCAUCUCUCAGCAUUGUGUCAGGCCAGAUGUAUUAUUGGCUGAUUCCUUGCCAACCAUGACGCUCUGAUGUGCUAACAUCGGAAAGAUAAUGAAACAUCUGAACAGUCUUCACAUCCAGGAACAGUAAAUAAGUCACCUCUGAAAUCAAUCAGUGCUCAGGUUUUUUAGGGUAAUUUCUGAUAAACAUCAGGUUUAGUCAGUUAUGGGUUAUGAUCUAUGACGAAUGUAGCUUGGGUUGUGAUGAUACAGUAUGAGGGUGUGUGUGUGUGUGUGUGUGUGUGUGGAUGUUGAGGCCUGCAUGGAUGGUGACAGGAUGUAUGUACGGUGCUUUUUCCUGUCUAGCUGCUGAGAUGGGGGCGAAUGUUAAAAAAAGAAACCAUUCUUUUAGACUCCCUCACACAGAGACACGUCACACUCGUCCAACUCAAUAGACCUCAUUACUUCGCUGUGGGUUUAUACGUGUGUGUUCAAGCCCAAAGUGCAGAUUGAGGCUACAGUAAAUGCAUGCUCAGCGGCUCUGCUGACAGCCAUGAUGUACUGUGUACCAAAGUGUGUGUCUGUGCGUAUGUGUGUGUGGAGUGAAUUUGCAGCCUCAGCAGGGGGAGAGCAUGACAAAGUGGGAGUGCUGCUGAGGGGCCAGCAGGCAGCGGUGAGGGAAAGAAGGGAAGUGGGAACGUGAAGAAAGUGGAGUCAGAGGUUUGAGUGGGAGACGUACGUGGGAAGGCAGAGUAAUUUGAACGUGGGUUGUGAGGAAAUUAGGACAAAGAUAUCAGAUUAAACUUUGAUAUAAAUGGUCCCACACUACACACUGUACAUAAACUAUGUUUUUCUGUAGAUUACAGGACAAUGUUAUCCAGUGGUGGAAAGAAAUCUACAAUAUCCUACUCAUUUAGAAUUACUGGACUUAAAUAUUACAUAUUUAGAAUUGAGACAACUACUCAAGUAAAAGCACAAUAAGACUGCUCUUGAGAUAUACUUUAAGCCCCUAAAACUUCAACUCUAAGGUGUUUCACUAAAUAUUCACAACUAAAUAAGCAACAAUCAAAGUUUCAAAGCAAGUUUAACAUUAAAAAAUGAAUCAGUUUAAUCAGGACACAGACUUAAAACCAGAAGAUUAAACUACAAAAAAGAGAAGUCACUCAUCUUAAAUAACUGUUCUAACUUUAAAGAAACUUUAAGGUCACCAACAAAAAGCCAACAUGGCUUCCUGAGUCUAACCUUUUUAACAGGAAUACACCCUACCAACCGUCUCCGAUUCAUUGUUUUCUUACAAAGAACCAUGUAAUGUGUCCUCUUUACUAUUUAGCAUUAUUAAUGAAAAAAUGAUAUCCAGUGCACCGUGCAGCUGUUUUAUUGUGAGGCAGGGAUUUUAUUUUUUGUGCUGUGUAAUAGACUGUCAUAGAGAAGAAAGAUACAUGUGCUAUAGAUUUCCCAGCAGAGCAGCAACAAAGCAAUUCAAACUUGUUCUGGUAUUUUAUCAGUGCAACAUUUCCUCAAAAUAAAAAGCAACAACCAAAAGGGAAAACAUUGAGAGGAAUGUGUUACUUUAGUGUGUGAUCUGCAUGAAAACAGAAGCUGUAAUGCAGUGGCAUAGAGAAGCUCAGGUUUAAUCUAACCUAAAUAACUAGAGGCGGUUGGGUUUUAACGUCCUCAUUUAACAUAAAAACACUGGAUAACCCCAAACGACCAAGUGCGCGUAGGAAAAUCAGAUUUGACGUCAGUGUCCAUAUGAGGAGUGACGGUCAGGCUAUAUAUGGUCGUUCCGCUUGUGACGUUGUUCCUUUUGUGGAAAACAAAGGAGGGGCCGCGGUGACCCCGCCCCUCUCACAGCUGUUAUCAAUGAACAAGUGAAACUCAAACUACAGUAAAGAUGAUUUUAACAGACCUGACGGAGAAUUCAACACGUGCUCUCUAGAUAUAUUUACAGUAGAUUUUAAAAUCAUCUCCAAAAGUUCUUUAUUAUCUUAAAAUUCGCACAGAAAAAAAAAAAUCUUUUUUAUUCUUUGAGAGCCUAUUUUAGUCGUUAAAAA